AUGCUUAUUUGUCUGUUGGUACUAUUAGUAAGUGUAACUUUCAAUGAAGCCAUUUUUACUGACGAAAGGUGGCAAACUGUGCAAAGAAAUUUUGAAAAAUAUGCCCAUUCAACACAUAAACCAUUCCCUGAAACAUAUGCAGAUUUCGAUUACGAUUUUAUAGUCGUCGGAUCCGGUUCCAGCGGUGCUGUAGUCGCCAGUCGCUUAUCAGAAAUUUUUUCUUGGAAGAUCCUUCUUUUGGAAGCUGGAAAUUCGGGCAAUUUCCUUACAACGGUACCACUUUUGGCUGCCCUUUUCCAGUUAACGCCUUAUAACUGGAAUUACACCACUGAACCCCAGGAAGGUGUUUGCCUAGGCAUGGUAGGACAAAAAUGUGCUUGGCCAAGGGGAAAAGCUCUUGGUGGUAGUAGUGUUAUCAACUACAUGAUUUAUACCCGUGGGAAUCCGAAAGAUUACGAGAAAUGGUAUAAUUUAGGGAAUGAUGGGUGGUCGUACCCUGACGUGCUUCCCUAUUUUAAGAAGUCGGAAAAUUGCAAACUCGGGAAAGAGUGUUCUAAUGGGUACCACACUCAAGGAGGAUUGUGGUCAGUGAUGUAUGCUUUCAAAUCGAGAAUUACAGAGGCCUUCGUUGAAGCUGGAGUCGAAAUGGGGGGGAAAAUCGUCGAUUAUAAUUCUGAAGAUUUCAUGGGAUUUUCCCCUUUUCAAGCGAAUAUUAAUCGUGGGCGGAGACACAGUGUUGCGGAUGCGUUUCUUUACCCUUUUGUUACACGUAAAAACUUGAAGAUCCUAACAUCCGCCCGAGUCACGAAAGUGUUGUUGGAUGAUACAGGAAGUGCAUAUGGUGUCGAAUUUCAAAAAAGAGGGAAAACGUACAUUGCUCGAGCUUCUAAGGAGGUGAUUCUUUCAGCGGGUACUUUCAAUUCCCCACAACUUCUAAUGUUGUCAGGGAUUGGUCCCCGUGAACAUUUGUCUGAGUUGGGGAUCCCUACCGUUAGGAAUCUACCAGUUGGUCAACGGCUUUAUGACCAUAUAGCGUACGUCGGGUUAGCAUUUAAGAUAAACGAAACUGUAGAACCACCAGAGGCUAUUUUUAACCCAGCGGAAACCUUCAAGUGGGUGUUUAGCGGCACCGGAGUCUUCACAAGUCUGGCUGGUGUCGAAGCACUAGGAUAUAUAAAUACAGGGUCCAUCCCAGACCCUAAAUACCCAGAUAUAGAAUUAAUUUUCGCAGGUGUGGGUUCUUUAGAGAGUGAUUUUGGGCUGGUUGUAGCCAACGAGCUUCGCAUUAAACGUGAAAUCUAUAAUGCUGUCUUCAAAUCUUUGGAACUAACUCCUGCGUAUACCAUUAUGCCGAUGCUUCUUCACCCAAAAUCAAGAGGUUAUAUGAAACUAAAUUCCAAAAAUCCCUACGAUCGUCCUUUGUUCUACGGCAACUAUUUCUCUGAUCCUGAAGGCAAUGAUAUCAAGACCUUGUUAGCUGCUGUACGGUAUAUACAAAAAAUGAGUCAGACUACACCUUUUCAGAGGUUUGGAUCAAGAAUACAUGAUACUCCUAUUCCGGGUUGUGAGGAGUUUGUUUUUGAUUCUGAUGAAUAUUGGUUUUGUGCUUUGAGGACUUUGACUGUGAGUUUACAUCAUCAGAUAGGAACUUGCAAAAUGGGUCCAAAUAGUGAUGAAGAGGCUGUUGUUGACGAGAAAUUGAAAGUUCAUGGAAUCAGCGGUUUAAGGGUUAUUGACUCUAGUGUAAUUCCUGUGACGUUGUCUGCUCAUACAAGUGCACCAGCUGUGAUGAUUGGAGAGAAGGGAGCGGAUAUAAUUAAGCAGGAUUGGGGGGUAUUGUGA